CCUAGUAGAAGUUGGUCCAUUGUCUUGCAAAAUAUCUGUACCAAAAGAGCGGCAAUGCAGUCUUUGUUUGUGAAAAAAAGAUGGCAUAAAGUUUACUUCGUUGUAUGACUCCCAAUGGUAACAGCCACCAUCAUUGUUCUUCCGGCCAUGCCUCUUGGGUUCAUCCUCUUUUCCGUCUCAUAACGCCUGUGGAGGAAACCUGUUUGACUCGCCGGCAAGUCCUGGUGUAUGAGGCCAUUCCGUGCGCUCUUGACGUCCGGGGAAAAUAUCCUGUCAAAAGUUUACUCUGGCUUCUUAUCAUGACGGCAGUCAAGGCUAUGCUGGAUCGUGUACAUCCGCCUCUCCCUCGAAAUUCCGACGAGGAUAAAUCUAUACGCUGGGGCCACAUGGGAAAUAACGUCGCCGCGACGAUCGCAAACCAGGUGCGCUCCACGUUCCCAGCAAUAUGGUUUGGAUUGAUGAUGGGAAUCGGCGGAGGCUGGCCAAGUGCCAAGCAGGACGUCAAGCUGGGCGAUGUCGUCGUUUCGAAGCUAGGAAGAAACGACGAUAGCGUGAUUCGGUGUGACUUUGGCCGUACUGUGGGAGAAGGCCGGUUCGUUCGUAAUAGUACUGGCAAGAAGCGGUAAACCUCUUCAACAUCGACGCUUCGAUAACACUCGGUGAUUCGAUGCGGAGCCAAGACGCCGUGAAUGCGCUCGUGGGGAGACUCAGGAACC